UCUCAAAAGAACAAUAAGUGUAGAAACGAAGAAUGAAGCAGUCGAGACAGACGCUAAAAUAACUCAACCACAGAGACUGAAGGAACGAUGGAAAGAACAGCUGAGAGACAGACACAACGACAACAAAAGACAAACUGAAAUACGCACACAAAAAUACAUUCAGCAGCAGGUUCGGAUGAGACCGGGACCAGGACUCAGCUGAACUCUGAUCAGGACCUGUGCAGAGAGGAGGACUGAACCGCGAUGGACUACGAACCCAAGAAAUCCAGGAAGGCUUUCGUCUCUCCUAUUAAGCGGUUCGUCUGGUCAAAGUCUGGUCGCAGGCCAGUGGAUCGAGGCAGCGUUUACCGCCGCCCGCUGCACACCGUCCCUCUCUACCCCCCGGACUACCUCAUCCACCCCGAGAGACUCAUCUUCGACUACGUAGAGAAGGAGGUCAAGUUCCUUGGUCACCUGACUUGGGUGUCGGUUUCACUGAACCCCUCCAGCCGAGAUGAGCUGCUGCAGCUACUGGACACAGCCAGGCAGCUGAAGGUGCUGCCGUUAAAGACCAGCGUGGAUCAGGACUGCAUCCUGAGUCUGUCUGCUCGCUGUCUGCUGCUGACGUGGAGAGACAAUGAGAAGCUGCUGAUGAGGAUUCCCACGCAUGAGAUCGCUGCUGCCUCCUACCUGAGAGACGACGCGCUGCACCUGCUGGUCCUCAAGACAGGUCUGAACGUGGACACAGUGGUCGCUGGAGACGACAGCCUGGACAGGAAAAACCCGACGGGCAUAGACGGCCGACGUCAAACCAUGAGCUGCAAUGCCGACCCUCGGCCUGCAGGGGGCACAAUGGAGCGACGACACACCAUUUGUGGAGUGGACUGGAGGCCCUCACUGUCCAGGAGUAACCACGACAAAAACCAGAACGUGGAGAGAGGGGGAGCGGGAGGGGCUGGAGGAGGAGGAGGAGGAGAGAGAGGAGGAGGAGGCAGUUUGGAGCGGAAGAGAGUGGGAGGAAGCUGGGAGAGGAGACAGCAAACACGCAAAACAGGCGGGAGCUGGGAAAACCGCAGGGCGAGACCCAUGAGCGGGAGCUGGGGGGUGGGAGUAGGAGGAGGCGGUGGAGGGAGCUGGGAGAGGAGGCAUGGAGGAGGAGGUGGCGGAGGAGGUGGGAGCUGGGAGAGGAGGGGAGGAGCUGGUGGAGGAGGAGGCGGCGGCGGCGGGGGGGGCAGCUGGGAGCGGCGGCAAGCCUUCACAGGAAGCUGGGAACGAGGGAAGAGCUACGGCAGCUGGGAGAGGAGGAACCACAACCCACUGGAGCCGACGCCCUGCCCUGACGCCUACUGCAACCUGGUGAUCCUGGCUGUGGAGAACCGGGAUGCUGCAGAGGAGUACUGCUCUCUGAUCUGUCAGAUGUUCCAGAUCAUUUACGGCCAUCAGACCAUCGAGUGUGUGGACAGGGCGGGGUUUCACCACACCAUGCCCGACCGCUAUUGGCUGCAGAGGAGUGACAGCUGUCUGACUGACAUGUCCUACAGUUACGAUCCAGAGUUCAGCUGCUGCAGCUCAUAUGAUGGUUCCCAGGAUGCCUUUGAGCUCUACUACAGUGAGACGUACAGUGAGAGUUCGUCUCUGUCACUGCAGGACUCCCAUCACAGUCUGGCUUCAGUCAGCGACGGAGGAGACAGUAACCCCGCUCUGCUGCUGAUGCAGGAGUACAUGAUCACUCUGCGUAACAAGCUGAGUCCGAUGGAGCUGCAGCAGUUUGCGGUGUUGCUGAGAGAAUAUCGACUGGGAUCAAACAUCGACCUGUUCUGCUCUGAGCUGCUGCAGCUGUACGGAGACAACCGCAAGUUCCUGCUGCUGGGCAUGCGUCCCUUCAUCCCAGACAAGGAUGUCGGGGUGUUCGAGAGUUUCCUGGAGAGCAUCGGGAUCCGGGAGGGUGGGAUUUUAACCGACAGCUUUGGACGCAUCAAACGCAGCAUGAGCAACACGUCGGCUACAGCUGUGAGAGGGUACGACAACUGCUCUCUGGCCUCAGGAUCUCAGGAAUUCAACCGACGCAUUUCUGACAUCACGCAUGACAUCCAGGCGCUUGGCUUCCAGGACACACACGGAGACAUCGAGGAGGAGGACUACUACCUCUGAUGGGAUGGCUGGACAGAAGCAGAAGGAGCGCUGCAUUGACCUGUUAUCCUGGCGGCAGCUUCGUGACCUUCCCAUGGUGCAUUGCUCCUGUGCCCUGCGGUCCUCUCCUCUGCCAGCCUCACUGAACACACAGAGAGAGAGAGAGAGAGAGACAGUCAGUAGACCCGUGGGCUUCACCCGAGUCAUGUUCAUCUCCUCACUCUCAUUAUGUAACAGACCAACGCUGUGUGCAGUUACUUCACUGUGAGCGCAGUAACUUUGUUCUCACCAGCAUCGCUGUAAAUGUCCCAGAGGAUGCUCUUUCACCUCUUGACCCGGCGGAUGGAACACAGGCUCUAAUGGGAUGCAGGGAUGGAGAGAACGAUCACAAAUGCUAAAUAUAUUUUGACAAAGCUUUUCCAGGCAUCAUGACAUUGGAAACAAACGAAAAGCUCGUUCUGCUGUUAGAGAGUGACGCAGCGUUACCUUCAUGUGCUGCUUCCAAAAGUCAGAGGUCAUGAUCAGAGUUCAUAUCAGAUCAAAAUGAUGUGAGGACAUGCUGUGAGAUGAUGUUCAGUUCUGCAGUCCAGGACAGGAGAUGAAUGUUUUCGUCAGUAGUUUUAGGGCAGUGUGUGUGUGUGUGUGUGUGUGUGUGUGUGUGUGUGUGUGUGUGUGUCGCGGGCAGCAGACACAUUGUGCAAAGUUGAUCCUCAUCAUCGGAUUACUGCGCUGUAACCUCUGCAGUCAUGCAUGUGGUGGCAUUUACUAUCAUAUCAUUAUCAUCAUCCUACUGAUGCACACACACACACACACACACACACACACACACACUUGUUUCUCUGUUAUAUGCAGCCUUAAAUUAUUAUGGGUACACUUUUCACUUUAAUAACUUAAUAAUUCCAUAAUCUAGUUUUAUUUCAGAUGAACUGUAUGAUGUAUUAUCAUAAAUAUGUGUCGCAUGUUCAUGUUUUACAAUUGACAAUUGCUUUAUCUUUAAAAAUAUAAUACAUAAAAUGCAUUUGAACAUCA